CGCCGGGGGCCGCCAAUGAAAGGCGCCGGGCGGGCGGCGCGCAGCAGGCGGGCAGCGGGCGCUGCGCGGGAGGGAGCCGGGGCCGGAGCGCGCAAGAUGUCCGUGAGCCAGCAGCAGUCGGGAAGAGGUGUGCCAUGCUUACGCUGCAGAGGGAUGUGCACAGGCUUUGAGCCACAUUCUUGGAGGAAAAUAUGCAAGUCAUGCAAAUGCAGCCAGGAGGAUCACAGCCUGAGCUCCGACGUGGAGGAUGACCGGAAAAUUGGCCGCCUGCUGACGGAUUCAAAGUACGCCACGCUCACUGCCCGGGUGAAAGGAGGGGACGGCGUUCGCAUUUACAAAAGGAACCGCAUGAUCAUCACCAACCCCAUCGUGUCGCGGAAAGACCCCACCUUUGACACCAUCACGUAUGAGUGGGCUCCGCCGGGGCUCACCCAGAAGCUGGCCAUGCAGUACAUGGAGCUGCUCCCCAAGGACAUGCAGCCGGUGGCGGGCACCGACGGGGCCUACCACCGCCGGCGGCAGCUGAUGAGGCAGCUCCCAGUGUACGACCACGACCCAUCCCAGUGCCGCGGCCUGGCCGAGGGCGAGGUGAAGCUGAUGGAAGACUUUGUGAAGAAGUACAAGGCCGAGGCGCUGGGCGUCGGGGAGGUGGCGCUGCCAGGCCAGGGCGGCAGUGGGAAGGAGGAGGGGAAGGCGCAGGACACGGGCUCGGCCACCGGCAAGACCCCUGAGACCACCAAUGGGGCCCUGGAGAGCACGCCUGCGGCAGGGCUCUACCACUGCGAGGCCUGCAAGCAGGCGGUGCCGGCGGACUGCCCCGUGGUGUACGCGGACCGGGCCGGCUACAGUCGGCAGUGGCACCCAGCCUGCUUCGUCUGCUGCCAGUGCACCGAGCCGCUCGUCGACCUCAUCUACUUCUGGAAGAGCGGGGCCGCCUGGUGCGGGCGCCACUACUGCGAGAGCCUGCGGCCGCGCUGCGCCGGCUGCGACGAGAUCAUCUUCUCGGAGGACUACCAGCAGGCAGAAGGGAUGGCCUGGCACAAGAAGCACUUCACCUGCCUGGAGUGCGAGACGCUGCUGACCGGCAAAGCCUUCAGCCUGGACAAGGGCAGCCUGCGGUGCGCGACCUGCAGCAGGAGCAAGCGCCUCUGAGCAGGGUGCGGCUGCGGCAGGCGCUCGAGGCCGAGACGGAGUCGGGGUGAUUUGACAAGAACAUGAAAAAUGGACAGUAAAACAAAAAAAAAUUAGAGCCUGGCUAUUCACUUUGCAACUAAGUACCCCCUUGCAUCCAACACAGUUCUGAAGGAGGAAAUUUCCCGAGGGAGGGAACGAAGGAAAUCUGUAUGCCUGUGGGGUGGGAGGUACCGGUGUAUCUCACUAGGAGGGGAUUGAAAAGGAGGGUUCUGUGUUGUUUUACAAAGUGUCUAAAAGCUUCUCAUGACUAAGAUCUUGCAAUGUUGUUUUAGAAAUAACACAUCUCAAAAAUAAUUUUUGGCACGCUAAACCUAUGGUCAUGGUUAAAAACAAGGGUUGCUUUUAUUUUUGAAGUCCAUACUGGAAGUUUUACACUAACAGAAUGCUGACAACUGUACUAAAUCAAUGGUUUUGAGCAAUUUGAUUAACCCGAGUGAUUCCUUUCUGAAAUCAAAUGUUAUUGAAUUGCAGCAAUGCAUAGCCGUAGCUUUCUCCAACGUGUACAAUAAUUUAAAAAUAGGUAACGAGGUGGUGCACAGAGUGAUCGGUUUAACCUUACUGAGAAGGUAACUGUGCAGACCUCCCCAAGGGCAGGAGGUGCUGGGCAGCCGACUAAUUCAACUGGUCUGGGUUUUAGCCAUGGAGUUGGAAUGCAAACAUUCCUGGCAGUUCUCGCCCAAACCCUGUUCCCAGUUUUAUCUCACUUGCCUCCUACUGUCUGUUAUUUCAAGCGAGUGUUUGCACAGAGAGGCAUUGUGCUCCCACCGUUCACUGGAGGUAGUUAAGCAUUUAAAGUAUGGAACUUUUUCAGCUGCUUUCUGAGCAGGAGUUUUAUGGAAAACAGCUUUCCAGCUUAAGCUAUCCUAGUUUUUUUUUUGUGCCUGAAAUGCUGCAAUGUCAGUUUUUUUCCCUUUAGUAAGUCAAUGACCCUCUCCAAGAAAUAGGGACAUGCAGUCUCCUUUGGAAGCCUGCAGCAUCUGUGUCCUGCACGGUGGCACAACUGCCCCAGACUCUGGUCCUCGUGGUGCAGUUCUCCAGCCCCGAGUGAGGUCAGCAUCGUGCGUCAGGUCCCGUGGGAUGACAUUGUCCCAAGAUCUGCACUGCAUCUCUGCUGAUGGUGUUUGUUCCCUCCAUCAUGCAAAGCUUCUGUUAGUCACAGAAAAUGUCAGAUAGUCCAGGCUGGCAGAUGUCUGUGUGCUCGGUCUUUUUUCUUAUACUAAAUGUCUACGUUAUUUGCCAGAAAGAACUGGAAUAUUUUUUGCAGAGAUAAGCGUAUAAGGAGCUCACCAUUGCUAGGUUUUCAUUCCACUGCAGAAAUUGCUGGUUUCUCUCCUUAAAACCAACUCCAUGCUGUGGAUCUUUGCUUGCUUAUGUUUGAGUAACUUGCAAACGAGCUUUGGUGGAAGCCGUACCUGCUGCUGCAUGUUAGUCGCGGACCAGACUCUGCCCCUCUGCCAUGUGCAGGGGGAUGCCCAGCUCCCCUGGUGUGAGGAGCAGGCAGUGUCGGUCAGUCACUGUUUCACUGCAGGUGAGGCAGAUGUGUAAGAUGCAUCUGUAUGUUUGCUGGGGGUGGGUGUCUAACGCUUUUUCCACCCCUGUGCUUUUGUGUGGUUGAUUUUCCUGAAAACACUAGGGUGUUUAAGAAGAGCGCGUAAAAUCCUGCCUCCAGAGCUGGAGCAGAGCGUGAAAAUCCCGAGGCGGCAGCGACAGCCGUAGCUGUGGGGCGAGGGAUGCGUGCCACAGGGUUCCACCGUGUGCAUGCUCCAGGGGUCCCUGCGGCACUUUGUCCGCCCAACACAAUCCCAGGCCCUUUGGUGGGUACACCGAGAGUCUGGGGGAUCGCGUCUGUCAGCUCAGGAGGGUGCCACCAGCCAACGGGGGACACGUAGAUGUAAAGUUUUGAAGUUGUGCUAGGAAUAAUAAAGCUCCCUUGGAACAGCCUUAGAUACAGGCACUUUGAUUACAAGCAAAAUGGGACUGAAAAAUAAAACCCAGUGCUUAGCUUUA